AAAGCCGAGAGGCGAAUUCAAGCCGUCUGGGCAGGUCAGUGACGCGUUUCCGGUUGUAUGUGCGCAGCUAGUGCCAGGUUAGGGGCGGAAGGCCGUGUGUGCCGGUGUCAGUGAGUGUGUGAGUGUGUGUACGAGUGGAUCCGGCCUGGCCGGGAUUGGAUUCUGGAUCCAUUCAAGGAAGAGCGGCAGCCGGGAGAGGGCACCGGAACACUGCUGUCCGAGCCUCCCUCCGGACUUGCCUGUCAGCCUGGGGGUCCAUCUGUGUGUUUAGGCAUCAUUAAGCCCUCGUCUGAAAUUAACCGGGAAGCUUUGGCAGGAGCUACUGGAUAUCUGGUAACCGUACCCAUUGGCUGCUUACCCACCGAGCCCACAGGCGCACCGAUACAUUGGGCUGACCCACCUGUGCUUGGGCAUACUGCUUUCUCUCCUCUACUCUUAGAUCCUGUCUCACUGGUGGCCCAAGAGCUUGCACUUACCCCCAAGGGAGACGAGGGGAUCCACCUGUACCCAGUCCCCCUAUAUACUUUGCCCGGGCACAUAUGUACAAGAGGCAGAGCAGAACAAUCCGAAUACCCGACCUCUUUUCCCAGUGCCACUGUAGCAGCUACUCAGCCUGUGCUCACAACCCUGGACACUCAGGAGACUGGAGCUGGGGGCCCCCUGGUUGUCACCCGAGCGUCUGUGGCCUCAGCUGCCAUUGGCCGAGAUGAUGAGAACAAGAUGAGCCAGAAGAAGGAGCCCAGCGGAAUCAUGCUGGUCAAAAGGAUCCUCAUGAAAGAUGGGGGCACGCACCAAGGCAUUGGAAGACCAAGUGUAUAUCAUGCUGUGGUAGUUAUCUUCUUGGAGUUUUUUGCCUGGGGCUUGUUGACAACACCCAUGCUAGUUGUGUUACAUAAAACCUUCCCUCAGCAUACGUUUUUAAUGAAUGGACUAAUUCAAGGAGUAAAGGGCUUCUUAUCAUUUAUGUGUGCUCCUCUAAUAGGUGCUUUAUCAGAUGUUUAUGGAAGAAAGUCUUUCCUUCUGCUGACUGUUUUCUUCACCUGCUUCCCAAUCCCCUUAAUGAGCAUAAGUCCUUGGUGGUAUUUUGCUAUGAUCUCUGUAUCUGGUGCAUUCUCUGUUACUUUCUCUGUAAUUUUCGCCUAUGUAGCAGACAUCACUCAAGAGCAUGAAAGGAGCACUGCAUAUGGCCUGGUAUCUGCUACCUUUGCAGCAAGUUUAGUAACCAGUCCAGCAAUUGGGGCUUUCAUCUCUGAAUAUUACGGUGACAACCUUGUGGUCCUUUUAGCCACUGUCGUGGCCCUCUUAGAUAUCUGUUUCAUCUUGUUAGCUGUGCCAGAAUCUCUACAUGAGAAAAUAAAACCAACAACUUGGGGAGCGCCUUUCUCGUGGGAACAAGCUGACCCAUUUGCUUCUCUGAAAAAAAUUGGAAAAGACACUACAGUUCUUCUAAUUUGUAUAACCGUGUUCUUGUCUUACUUGCCAGAAGCAGGGCAGUAUUCCAGCUUUUUUCUCUAUCUGAGGCAGAUCAUAGGCUUCAAUCCAGGUAGUAUUGCAGCAUUCAUUGCAGUUGUGGGAAUUCUCUCCAUUGUAGCCCAGACUGUACUGCUGAGUAUACUAAUGCGGUCAAUUGGAAAUAAGAAUACUGUACUCCUUGGCCUAGGUUUUCAAAUGUUCCAGUUGGCCUGGUAUGGAUUUGGUUCACAACCAUGGAUGAUGUGGGCUGCUGGAGCUGUUGCAGCAAUGUCAAGUAUCACAUUCCCUGCAGUGAGUGCCCUCAUUUCACGUAAUGCGGAACCAGAUCAACAAGGUGUUGCUCAAGGCAUGGUAACCGGUAUUCGAGGACUAUGCAACGGUCUGGGUCCAGCGCUGUAUGGGUUUGUCUUUUUCCUCUUUCACGUUGAGCUUAGUGGAAUAGUACCAGUGCCUAGUACAGACAAAACCACUGCAAAGGAUCCAAUUGAUGCAAUUGAUGCUACUGCGGUUAUCCCUGGUCCCCCAUUCUUGUUUGGUGCGUGUGCUGUUUUUCUCGCCUUCUUGGUUGCCUUAUUCAUACCUGAACACGGCAGCCAUUCAUCCAAAACUAAUAUUGGAGAGAAGCACAGUAGCAUAGUUAGCAGUACUCAAAGUAAUAAUCCCGGUCGUGGGAGUGAUGAGGAUAUAGAACCCCUGUUGCAGGACAGCAGUGUGUGAGCUGUCUAUUUUUUUUUCUUGUUCUCAAAAGUUGCAUAAAGUGAACUAAAAGAAUGUACCAGGCUCAGUUACAGGAAAUGCAAAAGUUUUUUUUUUUUUUUUUUAACUGGAUCCAUUUUUUAAUGGAGACUAUUAUUUUUGUCUUCAUUCUUGUAUAAAAUACCAGUUGACUACCAAUGCGGUGCAUAGGAGCUUGCAUGGGUAGCCAAAAUCUCCAGUAGAUCAAGCAGCUAAUGGUUUGACAUUUGAAAAAAAAUAUUUAAAUCUUGGUUUGGUCUAUUUUGCUACCUCAAACCAUGUCAUUGCAUUAUAUUUUUGCGUGGGGAAGAAAACUAGAUGUUGCAGUGACAGAAUAUCAGUCUCAGAAAGGUACCAUGUGCAUAAUGAGCCGGUGUUGACUAUACCUUUCAGUGCCUGCAUUCAGAUUUUUAGGAGGAAGAUGGGUUUAAGUUUUCUGUCUUUCUUGCUGCUCAGUUUGAGAAACUAUGUCUUCAACAGCAGGAAACUAUUCCUGUGAUACAGCUGCAAGAAUUUCUAAACCAAAAUCCUCAGACAUCCAGCUUAUUUUACAUUUUAGUUUGCUCUACUCAAAGCAGCCGUUAUUUUUUAUUAAUGUUGAUGCCACUAUUUAGGAAAGAAAGCUUUGUAUAGAGUAGCCCAUAUCCACCAGUUUUCCUUUCUCCCCUUGCACACCGUCCAUCCACGUGCUGUCACUUUUGAUCAGCCUCACUUGUUAAAAUGACUAUUCGUAUGAGCAGAAUAGCGCAUGACUCUGAAACUACCUAGUGCGCAUGCAAGACUGCCAGACUGGGUGCAUGUAGGAUUUCAUUGACAGGGAAUGGCACUUGAUGAAAUGUAGAGUCUGUAGCCACAACCAAAACCUUACUUGAAUAGGGCUGCUGUAAAGAUCUGCACUGGUUUGAUUCAUUGGACUUACAACCAGCAUAUCUGCCUGUUGGUGAUCACUACCUACACCCUAAAACCAGCUUUUGUUUCUCCUAUGUAUAAUCAUGGUGUAAUGUCAUCGGAGAGGUGGAGAAAAGAAAGAAGAUUGCUUCAGUAUUAGAAAGCAGUUUGACCCAAAUAAAUGAAAUCUAAUGCACUCCCUGCCUGCAUCAGCAGUCCAUUUACUGCUAGAAUAAAGCAAAGCAGCCUAGCAAGCUGAUAAAAUAUACAUGGGCUCUAAGAACAUACUGUAUCUUUCUUUAUUGACAUGGAUGCAGAUUUGCGUAAGUACCAUACUUCCAACCAUGUCAGAUAUUUACUUUCAAUAUUCUAACUGCACUAGGCGCAUGUUUACUUUUUAUGGGUUACUGAACAGAAGCAAAGUUUGUCGGUUAAAAAGGGCUGCUGUGUUCAGGGCAUUGUGGUUGACAUAGAUACAGCAUUUUAUUAUUAUGAUGUUAAAUAAUUUACAUAAGGAUUUAACAAGCCGUUUGGAGACCAAUGGGUAUUGAAAAUACUUUGACAAGUUCAAGGCUAAUGCCAUUUGGGGAUCUGAAAUUGGUCUUCUGAAACACACAGUCCGAGAAUCAGCCCCUAUGUGGGCAUUAGCCUCCUAUCCUGGUUCUGGUGAAAUCUUCUGCAUGUUCCUGCACCUGGGCCAAUACAGUGGUUCUGGCUGCGGCCAGGAUAAUGUAGAGGCCAAUUCAUGUCCUACCAAUUUUAGCACUCCAAUUUCAGCCCCUGUGUAAUAUUAGCCUAAAUCUUUAUUUCAGCUUUUUUCUUUAUAGUGUCUUGUGUGAUCACAGCAUUACUUGUGCUUUACAGGGGUAGGAAGAAAAUGGUUACAGUGCUUUCUUUAUAUGUCCCAAGAAAGUAGCUCAAAAUACUUGGAAGGCUAGCUUGAAUUCAGGCAUUAAUUAAGGCAUUAAUGCUGCAACAUAUCCCAGCAGCUCAUGCUUGUCACUUGUAAAGCAAUCUUGUCUUCCACAGUAGUUUCUAAGUAGCUCACCCCUGGCCCAAGCCAUUGCUGACAGGUUUAGCUUUGGGCUAGUGGCACACAGGGCUGUUUCUCUACCUGGGUCGAAAUGCAGAUGGAGAAAAGCUGAUAUGCUCCCAUCCUCUCUUUCUUACAAGGGCACUUACAGGUAUGGCGUCAGCCAGUGAGCUAAUCUGCCAUGAAAACGAAAAGUAUGCAUAUUUUUCAUAGAUAUUCACUCCACUGAUGCUGUGCCUGUGGGUGCACUUGUUAGAAGGACUGUAUUAACCUUACUGUUACUUAAUACUCACUAAAACAAGCUAAAUCAAAUGUAGACAACUCCGUUAACUUGGCUGCACAUUCAGCCAUACUGCAAGACUGUGCAGGGACUUAGUUAAUUUAUUUAUGUUCUAUAUUUCUCCUUGCAGUGCAAAAAACAUUGUAAAUAAUGUCCAUUGAGUAGAACCCAGCCUUAAUACUGUUACAAAGUAUAGCCUACAUAUCAUACAUUAUUUAUUCAUUAUGUUGUUUAAAGGAUUGUGCCGAUUGUGAUAGAUUGGGCUUUAGGCCAACUUCAGUGCUCCAACUGUUGUGCUACUGCAGCUCAGUGAAUCUCUCUGUCUAGUAGAGCUGGUAAGCAGUGACACAAGUUGCUGGCUUCCACGAGUGCAAGUUAGCGAUUUUCAGUGCUAUAUUAUUCUUGUUAAAUGAUUUGGGAUUUGAUUUUUCCUCUCCAAGCCAUUAUUCAUUGAGCAAAAUUCUGAAAAAGGAAAAAAAAAAAUGACAGACGUAUUUUUCUGGUGUAGACAUAACUCAUUAAAAGACAGCUGUUAACUGAGCACGGCUUUUAAUGUUUUAUAUGUAGAUAUUUGUAAGAAACGUACUUUUCCUUAAAGAAAGGCUGUGUAUAUCUUGUAUUUAUAAUUGUAACAAGAUUCUUGACUGAAAAUAUACUGCUUUUAUAUAAAGGAUUAUCUAUGACAGAAAAGGAUUUUCUUUUCUUAAUAUAUAUAUUUUGAAAUGUUAUACCCUCAACAGAGAUAACAUACAUUUUGUAAUAUGCAUCUGGUUUUUAUGUUAACAGACUUCAUAAAGCAUAAUAAAUGGACAAAUUAUACUCA